CAUGGUGCACUCUUCCAUGUUCAUAUAUACUAUGGAGAUGCAGCCCUUCUCUUCUCUCAUUUAAUUUGUGACUGUGUGUGAGUGUGUGUGUCUGUGUGUGAGAGAGGGAGAGAGAGCAAUGAAAGACGUUGAGGGAGGUAACCAUGAAAGGCAAGGAACCUUGUGGUCCGCAACAGCUCACAUCGUCGCAGCCGUGAUAGGCUCUGGUGCACUAGCGCUUGCAUGGAGUGUUGCUCAGUUGGGUUGGAUGGUCGGGCCUGUCGUUCUCUUUGGCUUCUCCUGCGUCACCUACUACACCUCCACUCUCCUGGCCAACUGCUAUAGGUUCCCCGAUCCGAUAAAUGGGACCAUCAAUCGCUCGUAUAUUGAUGCAGUUAGAUCCUAUCUAGGACCAAGAAAAGUGUUCUUCUGUGGAUGUGCUCAGUAUGUGAAUCUAUGGGGAACUCUAGUGGGCUACACUAUAACAGCCAGUACUAGCAUGAUUGCGGUGAAGCGAGCGAGCUGCUUCCAUAGGCAUGGGCAUGGUGCGAGAUGUGAUGCUUCUGGGAGCAUGUACAUGGUGGUAUUUGGGGUGUUUCAACUUAUUCUGUCGCAGUUUCCGAGCUUGGAGAACAUAACAUGCCUCUCUGUGGUGGCGGUGGCGACAGCAUUCGGUUAUUCCUUCAUCAGCCUCGGCCUCUGUAUCGGUAAAUGGGUGUCUCAUGGUGACUUCAGAGGGACAUUAGCUGGUGCUACCGAUGGAUCAUCAGGUCACAAGGCAUUUAAUGUGCUCCUCUCCCUCGGAAACAUGGCUUUUUCUUAUACUUUCGCCGAUAUCUUGAUCGAGAUACAGGAUACAUUGAAGUCACCACCCCCCGAAAACAAGACCAUGAAGAAGGCGACGUUCUACGGAAUUGGGCUGACCACCAUCUUCUACCUAUCGCUUGGUUGCACAGGAUAUGCUGCAUUCGGAAAUGAUGCUCCUGGUAACAUCCUCGCUGGCUCUGGAUUCUAUGAGCCCUUCUGGCUUGUCGACAUAGCCAAUAUAUGUGUCGUAGUUCAUCUCAUUGGAGCAUACCAGGUCUACGCUCAACCAAUCUUCUUCAGGUUUGAGAAUUAUAUUGCUUCCCAAUGGCCAGAAGCCAAGUUCAUCCACACAACCUACUAUGUCAGAGUGCCGUUCGCAGAGGCUGGCUCGCUGAGCUUCACGCUGUCGAAGCUCGUCCUGCGAACUAUCUUCAUCAUGUUCACGACUUUGGUCGCCAUGCUGCUGCCUUUCUUUAAUGCAGUUCUAGGCCUUAUUGGUGCUUUAGGCUUCUGGCCGCUAUCAGUUUACUUUCCAGUGGGCAUGCACAUCGCUCAGAAAAAGAUCAGCAGGGGAGCACCAAAAUGGUUCUUGCUGCAGGGUCUUAGUUUCCUUUGUCUACUAAUCUCUCUUGCUGCCAGCAUUGGCUCUGUGGCUGAUAUUGUACGUAACCUUAAGGUUGCUGCUCCUUUCAAGACUGUUUACUAGGGGGUGUGCAGAUGAAUCCACACAAACUCAUGUUGCUGCUGGAAUUAACUGUGAUGUAAGGAAAUUAAUAUGAGAAGACAAAUAUAAAUUAAAAAAAAAAAAAAUCGGACUCUAGGCCUUGAAGGAGGUCAGACACUUGUGGUGGUACUUCCUGAGAAAUUAGAACAUAAUUAUUAAUCA